AACUAAAAACUCGUUCGGGAUUGCAUUAGUAGCAAGGAUAAGAGCGUUAUCAAGAUGACCCGGUUUCGCAGAGGCGUCGCGCCGAUCUCGAGGCCCGCGAACCACCAACAGGGUUUAUUUUGUCACGGAGACGGGGAAGUUUGAGAAGCGCGAGGUGCCGCAAAUUGUCGCGAGCGCGGCCGCUAAAUGCGUGCGCGUCACGAUUUACGAUAGCGUUUCCCGCGGGAGGGGGGCUGGAUGGAGGACUACUAUGUCGCGGGUGUUCCCCGCGUAUUCGAGGGGCGCAUUCUCUCUGGCAAUGAAAAGGAUCGAUGCGGUUUCCGUGGUAACGGUACCGUCAGAGAGCUCGGAAUCACGGAUGGUGGUGGACGGAGCCAUCCAGUGCGAAACUGAUGCAGUAACGACAUCGCCGUCGCCGUUGCCGUCGCCGUCGCCGUCGCCGUCGCCAUUGUCGACGAAGUGCCGGGAUAAAACUGGUUUCGGGACCCGCGUGUGAACCGUGCUUCGAACACCCCUCUCGAACUCGUUCGGACUGCACGACGUCGCUUCGAAACGACGAGCAUAAUGCGGAGGCGUCAGAUUCUCCGCUCCAGGACACCAGUAACAUGGACUCGUUCGACAGCCAGGACAUCAAGAACGGCAGGAUGUCCGAGCAGCCGCCGCCACACGAACAGAAACCGAACGUUUUUCUGCUGCGAGAAUGGAGCGACAUGCCGAAACACCUGCAGUUCAACCCUCAUAUCCGCACCGGGUACAGGCCGCUUAUGACCGUGCGACAGUGUCUCGGGAGCCUGUUUUAUCUCCACAAUGAGACCGUCAAUAUCAUGACCCACGGAUUCGCCAUCCUGUACAUGCUAGUGACAAUACCACAACUUCUUCCAUGGAGCACCCAAGGUGCCUUCGCAGAAAUUUUAUCAUGGUGCCACCUGAUCGGUGCCGUCAGCCCGUGGAUCGGUUCCUUCGUCUAUCACCUCUUCAUGAACUUAAAUUACGACGAGGUCUUCUAUAGAAAACUGUUGAAACUAGACAUGAUCGGCAUAUGGCUGUGCCAAAGUUUCGGAGCGAUGCCUAUGAUGGCGGCAACGGUCCAUUGUCUCCCAGACAGUUACUGGUAUUGCUGUAUCUUUAUUUAUUGCUUCCUUUGUAUAUGGGGACUCCUUAUGGCGAUGCACGCGCUUUCUCCGUGGGAGAGAAGAUUAUGUUUUGCACCUCCUUUCCUCAUGAGAAUGCUAUUAAUGGUUUUGCGGUGUUUUGGAAUCGGCGGAGGAAAUCCGGACGCGUUGACGCAUGUUAUCCUACAGGACAUGAUAUCAGUCGUGGGAGCGACGAUCGGGGCAAUGCGUAUCCCCGAGAAAUGGAUUCCCGGCAAGCUGGACCUGGUGUUGAAUUCACACAACUUGAUGCACGUGCUGGUUGUUUUGGCGGUGUGCUCGAUGCACGCCGCAACAAUGCAGGAUCUUGUCUGGAUGUCGGACGCGAACGCGUGCAACGGGACGAGCCUGGUCUCGUCCAAGCACGAUGAACUGUGAUUGAACCGUGAAUAUCAUUUCACUGCAGACUGUGAUAAAUUACGAGCCUAACGAGAACCGGCGACCACUCUCGUGCAGGUGUCGUUCCUCGAUCGACGACCAAACAGAGGCAUGCUUGAUAGCGGAGCGAAAGGGAUCUUUUUACGUGGACGCGCGCACCUGUACGAUGAGACAAACAGAAGACAUGUACAUAACGCGUACCAAAUUUUCAUACUGUCAACGAGAACAAUUUCCGCUCUCUUUUACGAUACGUGGAACAGUCCAAGUACAACCGUUAGUACAAAAUUGAACGCGUCAUAUCGAGGACAAUGCGAAUCAGUGCCCGAUUCGGUUCAGGUGAUAAUUAACAGAGAUACAUAUAUUAUAUGGAGGAUGGAGGAUGAAAGCAAUGAGAGAGAGAGAGAGAGAGAGAGAGAGAGAGAGAGAAGAGAGACCGAGAGGAAUAAUUUCGAGCGAAUAAGCACAUCAAAAAUACAGUUUAUUAUAGACAUUCACAGCAAUGUACACGAUGUGUUCCCGAGCAAUCAUUCUCUCGAUCCAAGUAAAUCGCUUCACAAUGUCAGUAUUAUAUUUAGACGAAUAAAACUGUUCCAAACUA